AUGCCAGUCACCAAGUGCCCAAGAAAAUCAGAGCCCCUGUGGAAGGGGUGGGACUGGAAGGCCCAGAAGAAUGGACUGAGGCACCAAGUAUUUGCAGUGAACGGCGAUCACUAUGUGGGCGAAUGGAAAGACAACUUAAAACAUGGGAAAGGAACACAGGUCUGGAAGAAGAGCGGCGCUACCUAUGAAGGGGACUGGAAGUUUGGGAAGCGAGAUGGCUAUGGCACCCUCAGUCACCCUGACCCGGAGACCGGAAAGUACAGAAGGGUGUACUCAGGCUGGUGGAAAGGGGACAAGAAAUCGGGCUAUGGGAUCCAGUUUUAUGGACCCAAGGACUAUUAUGAGGGUGAGUGGUGCAGCAACCAGCGCAGCGGGUGGGGACGCAUGUACUACCGCAAUGGCAACAUCUACGAGGGCCAGUGGAAGAACGACAAGCCUGACGGGGAGGGCAUGUUGCGGCUGAAGAAUGGGAACCGAUAUGAGGGCAGCUGGGAGAGAGGCAUGAAGAAUGGGCACGGGCGUUUCUUUCACCUGGACCAUGAGUUAUUUGAAGGCUUCUGGGUGGAUGACGUGGCCAAGUGUGGUACCAUGAUUGACUUCGGCCGUGAUGAAGCCCCGGAGCCCACCCAGUUCCCCAUUCCUAAGGUAGAGAUUCAGGACCCAGAUGGUGUGCUGAAGGAAGCAAUAGCUGCGCUGAUGAACUCGGAGGAUGAAGAGGACUGACGUCCGGUAAGAAGACACAUCUGCCAUCUCUGAUCUCAGAAUCUGAGGAGGCUUUGCAUCCCUGAACACUGCUGAUCUGGUAUCUCUGAGAGCAGGACCAGAGAGGAAGAGCUUCCUGCUCCUGUACCUUAGCUUUUCCUUCUACUCCUCUUUGAAGCUCAUGUUCCUAGAAGAGCAGGUGCAUUCUCAGCCUCCUGAGAUGAUUGUGUUUCUAAUACUAGUUCCAGCAUCAUCCCCACCUGUAGAGAGAGCACAUCAAGGCUCAGGAGAAAUGCCAGCCCUUGUCACCAAACUGCUCAGACCGGUGCAGCUCCUGCAGAAGCAAGCGACUCUGGGCACGCCCUUGGCUCCCUCAGAGGGCACCCACUCCUCCAAGACAUUAGGUUAUUCUUUGCCAAUGGAGGUGUGGUAUUACUUCUCCCUGGCUGGCCUUGGGGACCCACUUGUUUAAAUCCUUUGCCCUAUGCCUUUUUAUCAGAGGACAUGAAAAUAAAGAAGAACCUGGUGGCCUUGCUCCAAGGACCUAUGGCUUGAGCAGGGGUGGGAGGAGUCAGAGAGGAAGGAGAGGCAGCCUCACCAACUCUGUGUGUGUGUGUGUGUGUGUGUGUGUGUGUGUGUGUGUCAGGAGGAGUUGAGGGUUCGAGGCAGGGGAGCACGGAAGUGGCUUCAGUUCUACUGCAUCUGAGCCAGCCAAGAGCAGAAAGUGAGCUGCCCUCUCCGCCACAAUGGCCACCAAGAUUUGAGAUUAAAGCAGGUCCCCACCUCCUUAGCCUAUCACAGGAAUCUCAAGGAAGCUUUAAAAACCAUGAGUAUACAGGACAGUUGUUGCAGUUCGUGCCCUAACAAGAGGUAUUUGGAAGCAGAGGCAGGUGGAUCUGAGUCUGAGGCCAGCCUGGGCUACACACUCAGUAGGGCAGUAUCGUGAGAUCUCACGGUAAAAAGACAGUACUUUAAAACCACUGAGAAGAAUCCUUUCACCCGGCUCCUUGGGGACAUUUGGUUAUGCUUGGAGACACUCCUGGUUGUCAUGGUGACGGAGAGCCAUGCUAAUGGCAUCUUAGGGCAGGGAUGUUGUUAAACAUGUUAUACUUUUUUAAGUUUUAGUUUGUUUGUCUAUUUCUCUGUUUUUCUGAGACAGGCUUUCUCUAUGUAACAGCUCUGAUGGUUCUGAAACUCAUUAUGUAGACCAGGCUGGCCUAAAACUCACAGAGAUCUGCUUGCCUCUGCCUCCUGUACCACUAUGCCCAGCUCAACAUGCUACAUUGUAAACAGAUUACAAAGGAAUAAUUCAGUUUAAUGUCUGUCUGUAAAGCUCUUAGCAAAUGCCCCAAACUCAACGAAGCAUGGUGGCUCACACCUAUAAUCACAGCACUCUGGAGAUGGGGGGAAGAGAAUCAUUAAGGGUUUGACACCAGCCUGCUAAACAGUGAGUACAAACGAUGGCCUCAGCAGAACAGAAAAGCUCACACUGACAUCAGGAGGUUCUCUUUGCCCCUAAAUUCUAAGCAUGCUGACCUACUUCAGUGUGUGUGGUAUUGACUGCACCUGACUCCAAGAUCAACAUAACUACAUGCCAAGUGGUGCUUGCACUGUCCCAGACUGGGUGUGGACAGCUUCAGCUGCCUCUCCUGUGACUCCCUAGCCUGUGAGGUGACCUACUGUUCUCUGCUGUUCUAGAGGAAACAGGUUUGUAAGUCCCCAAGCUAAUACUGUGCCUAACCUAAUUGAUUUGCUUUUUCAAGACAAGAUUUUAGCUCUGACUGUCCUGGAACUUACUCUGUAAACUGGCCUUCAACUCACAAAGAUGUGCCUCCCUCUGCCUCCCAAGUGCUGGGAUUAAAG